UUAUUCUUCUUUCUCUCAAGAAAUCGUCAUGCGUUAUCUUUCCAAUUUGCUGUGCCUAACUCUGACGUUUAUCGUUUGCUUUGGCGCCGAGCGCGAUGCAGAUGAAGAAGCUUAUGUACUGAUGAAUCUUCUGAAACAAUCUAUUGAUAUGGACCAAACUGAAGCUCUUCCAGGAUUUGUAUCGAGGGAUUUCACAUAUGAUACUUGCAAGGGAAUUUGGAAUAGAGAUAAAUAUAUGGAGUAUCUGAAAGUCUUUUCAUCUCGACCAGACGGUGGUAUGCAACCAAUGUCCACUGAUUGGAAGGUUACAAAUGCACAUUUCAACGACAAUACUCUUUAUUUCAAUAUUCACAACUACAAUCAACACUUAGCAAUCUAUCCUGAUUUGGAAUUUGAAGCUAAAAAAAUCGGUAAAGACGAACGUUACAUUUUGACAAGAGGAAAAAUUAGCAAAUGUGGGACGUUGGAAAAAGAAUAUUAACUUUUAGAUAUAAUAAAUCGAAAUUGAAAUG